UUCGGACCACGACUUAUUAUUCUCGAGCGCUUAGAUGCACCAGAUUUUAAUUGGAAAAGCAAAAUCUUUGAUAUCAUUCAUUUCGCCGACAUAAAUCCUAGAAUCACUUACUUUGGUGAAACACCAGCUCGGGUAAAGAUGGCGUCAACCAACAUGAAUUGCACCGCAAACCCCUUGAAACAAAAUGGCAUAUUUCCCCCUUUAGAAUACAGAACCACAACUCAAGUUUUCAUCGAAGUUGCACUUGCUACCACGAUUCUUAUUUUGGCUGUCUUCGGGAAUUUCUUGAUGAUUUUCGUCAUGUGUGGGAAGAGGCAACUUCGAACUAUACCCAACUUGUUUGUCAUGAAUUUAUCUAUUGGAAACUUUCUUCUCGCUGUUACCGUCCUUCCGGUUUUUGUGUGGACUCUUCAAAGAGGAAAGUGGACUUUUAGCAAGAUGUUCUGCGUCAUUCAAGGAUAUCAGAGUUAUCUCUUAUUUUCCCUUACUUUAUUCACUCUAACUGCAAUAAGCUUAAGUCGCUAUAUGCUGGUCUGUCAUCUCAACAGAUACCGGGAACUAUUUGACAAAAGGCUGGUUCUGAAGAUUCUCGGUUUCAUUUGGAUUAUCUGUACUUUGAGCUGUGCACCGCCACUUUUUGGAUGGGGUUAUUACAGUUUCAACGCGCGGACGGCUCUGUGUCACACAGACAACAGUAGUUAUUCCUAUAAAAUCACCGCAAAUACUUUCAUGUUACUGGACAUCAUCAUUGUAAUCUUUUGUAAUGUAAAAAUCGCGAGAGCAGUAACUUGUCAUCGCAAAAGGAUUACAGUAAAUGUGGUUACAAAGAAGCUAAAAGAUGGAGAAAGCCAGUUCAACAUGGCAGGAGAAGCGGAUACAAACGCGAAACAAAGCAAUAAAUUAUUAUUCAAAGACUUGAACAGUGAUUCACUUAGUGGUCAGAAGUCUAAAAAAUUACACGCAAACGUACACCUAGGCCUCUGCGAGGAUCGGUCUGGUGUGAUACCCGUGAAAUUCACUUUCUUAUCACAAAAACAGCAGAGUGCAUUAAAUGGAGGGAGACAAGACAUAAAAACUGUAAAUAAUCUUGAAGGGACACUUCAUCUCCAUCAAAUCAGUUCUACAAAUCAAUCAAAUGCUAUCUGCCUAAGCAAGAACUCUACCCCUACAGAGCACGCAAAAGAAAGUACACUUCAGCUGCAAACGAGAGAGACGCGCGGGGAAGACAUUCAUAUAACACGAACCGUCUCGCUUAUAGUUUUCGUGUUUUGCUUUUGCUGGCUGCCAUGUUUUAUCAUGGAUACCUUGGACGCGUUCGGCGUUUUCCCGCCAAGAAGUCUCCGAAUGGCGGGAAUUUACUUGAUAUUUAUGGACAGUGUCGUUUGUCCGUUAAUUUACGGGGUACGAAACAGAAAAAUAAGGAAAGUUGUUAUGGAGGUGCUAAAAUGCGAGUUUUGCCGCUAACCAUUGAUUGAGCUAUAUUUGAAAUCAUCUGCUCAUGACACCAUCAGUAAAGUGAUAGAUUAUAGGUCAAACGUCUUCGGUAGCUGUUGGGGUUAAUUAGGAAGAAGGGUUUCUGGGUUUUCUCGUCAUUAUUUGGGUUUGUGCACCUAACUUACAAUUAAAAGUUUUGUAUCCAGUUUCUAUUACUCAAGUAAGCGAUUUUUCGGUUUUGUUAUUCGCCAGUUUCGUCAUUAUCAAUUCAGUUUCUGGCCGGGUUUUCUGGUAAAUUUUUAUGGAAAUUUUAGCUCGUGCUCCGUUAUCUGAUAGGCUUCAAUCCCGAUAAUUAGACAAAAGUGAAUCGAACUUGAGGAGGUUCAGGCCCGUAAUAAAACAUUAAUUUUCUGCGCUA